AUGGCUGCUGAACAACCAAAGGUCCAGGAGGCCAUUACCGCCCUUAGCCCUCCCCAAAAGAUGCUGGACAAGCACCCUAGCAAGCCCCACCUUGCCCACCACGAAGAGUACCAGCAGCUCUACAAAGAGUCCAUCGCAGAUCCCACCAAGUUUUGGGGCACCAAGGCCCGCGAGCUGCUCUCCUGGACCCGCGACUUCCAGACCGUCUACAGCGGCUCCCUCCAGGGCGGCGACUCCAAGUGGUUCGUCGAGGGUGAACUCAACGCCUCGUACAACUGCGUCGACCGCCACGCCCUCAAAGACCCCAACCGCGUCGCCAUCAUCUACGAGGCCGACGAGGCCGAAGGCGGCCGCAAUGUCACCUACGCGGAGCUCCUCCGCGAUGUCUGCAAGGUCGCCUGGACUCUCAAGAAGAUGGGUGUCAAGAAGGGCGACACCGUUGCCAUUUACCUGCCCAUGAUCCCAGAGGCCAUUGUCGCCAUUCUUGCCUGUGUCCGUAUCGGCGCUGUCCACUCUGUCGUCUUUGCUGGCUUCUCUGCCGACUCUCUGCGCGACCGCGUCCUCGACGCCGACUCUCGCGUCGUCAUCACCUCGGAUGAGGGCAAGCGCGGCGGCAAGCUCAUUGGCACCAAGAAGAUUGUCGACGACGCUCUCAAGCAGUGCCCCAACGUCCGCAACUGCCUCGUCUUCCGCCGCACCGGCACCGAGGUCCCCAUGCAGGAGGGCCGUGACGUCUGGUGGCACGACGAGGUCGAGAAGUGGCCCAACUACAUUGCCCCCGAGCCCAUGAACUCGGAGGACCCCCUCUUCCUUCUCUACACCUCUGGCUCUACCGGCAAGCCCAAGGGCAUCAUGCACACCACCGCCGGUUAUCUCCUCGGCUGUGCCAUCACUGGCAAGUACGUCUUUGACAUUCACGAGGGCGACCGCUACUUUUGCGGUGGCGACGUCGGCUGGAUUACCGGCCACUCCUACGUCGUCUACGCCCCUCUGCUGCUCGGUGUCACCACCGUCGUCUUCGAGGGCACCCCCGCCUACCCCGACUUCUCCCGCUACUGGGACAUCAUCAACAAGCACCAGAUUACCCAGUUCUACGUUGCUCCCACCGCUCUGCGCCUGCUGAAGCGCGCUGGCGACGAGUACGUCACUGGCGAGAUGAAGCACCUCCGUGUCCUGGGUUCCGUCGGUGAGCCCAUCGCUGCCGAAGUCUGGAAGUGGUACUCUGAUAUUGUCGGAAAGAAGGAGUGCCAGAUUGUCGAUACCUACUGGCAAACCGAGACCGGCUCCCACGUCAUCACUCCUCUCGCCGGUGUCACUGCCACCAAGCCUGGCUCAGCCUCUCUGCCCUUCUUCGGUAUUGAGCCCGCCAUCAUCGACCCCGUCUCCGGCGAGGAGAUUCACGGCAACGAUGUCGAGGGCGUCCUGGCCUUUAAGCAGGCAUGGCCCAGCAUGGCCCGCACCGUCUACGGCGCCCACAAGCGCUACAUGGACACAUACUUUAACGUCUACCCCGGCUACUACUUCACUGGUGACGGUGCUGCCCGCGAUUACGAAGGCUUCUACUGGAUCCGCGGCCGCGUCGACGACGUCGUCAACGUGUCCGGCCACCGUCUCUCCACCGCCGAGAUCGAGGCCGCCCUCAUCGAGCACCAUGCUGUUGCCGAGGCCGCCGUCGUCGGCGUCAACGACGAGCUCACGGGCCAGGCCGUCAACGCCUUUGUCGCCGUCAAGGAGGGCAACGAGAUCAACGACGCCCUGCGCAAGGAGUUCAUCAUGCAGGUUCGCAAGAGCAUCGGUCCCUUUGCCGCGCCAAAGGCCGUCUUUGUCAUCACCGACCUGCCCAAGACGCGCUCCGGCAAGAUUAUGCGCCGUAUCCUGAGAAAGAUUCUCGCCGGUGAGGAGGACCAGCUUGGCGACACCAGCACUCUCUCCGACCCGAGCGUUGUCGACCAGAUUAUCGCGACCGUCCACGAGGCCCGCGGCAAGAAAUAA